ACGCUCUGAACGAUAUUACAGCUGUGAGGUGAGGGUGGAGAGAGCAUUAGAGAAAACGAGAGAGAGAGAGAGAGAGAGAGAGAGAGAUGGGGGAAGAAAUAAGGAGAAAAGAGCAGCGCAGUGAAGAGGAGCGUCAGGUGAUCAAUAAGAUCGGAGAGGGACUUCCAUCUGGGAGUUAUCGGCAUUUCAAAUUUGGCCGCCGGCUCCCUCCUUUCUCCUGCUGUUGUUCUUCACACACCUGGAGUCCUGGAUUCAAGCGAAAAUAUAUGUUUUUUGUUUAGUCCGAUUAGUCUGUGCUCCUUCUCUUCAUAUAAGAGACACGGAGGGAGAACUGUAACCGGAUAAAAAGGUCUUUCAGGUCAAGCGAGCAUCUGCUUGUCAUGACCCCUCCUUCUCUGUUGAUGCUAAUAAUGGUGGUUGCCAUGGCAACUGGGGCCCUCUCAGCCAGCGAGGAGAAUGAACUGGAUUAUGGGUGCUGGAACUACAGGGAGGGAGCGGACAGUGUGAACGUGGCCUCGGUGCGCAGUGUGACCAGAGUUCUAGAUGUCUGGGGAAAACGCAUCUUCCGUGAGAUCAAGACUUUGCUGCACUCGGAGCCCAGCUCCCUGCUGCCCGACUACUCCCGGGUGCGCCCUCUGUCCGAGUCCGUCAACGACCUGUUCAGAGAAGUCUCCCUGCUGCGCAUGCGCAUCACCGAGCUCUCUCAUCGCCUAGCAACCCUGGAACCGUUCCUCCGUCACCACGGCUACCGGGAGGUGGGGGAGGAAGAGGCGGGAGGCGGUCGGGCUCUGGCACCUCACAGCCUGAGCGGAGAAGCGGUGAGCCUGGCCCGGUACGCCCCCAGGACCCCGGGGAGGACAAGCCCACCGAGCCGGAGCCGGGUGGUGAGGAGGAGACGGGUGAGAGUCCUGAAGAACGGGGGAGAGAGACCGAUACAGUGAUGGCGGGGAAGAGAGAGAUGUCAAAGAUGCUAUAAAUAUCCUUUCAUUUAAAUGUUUGUAAAAAAUAACGUCUUCCUGACACACACACACACACACACACACACACACACACACACACACACACACACACACACACACACACACACACACACACACACACACACACACACACUGGUUUUACUGUAUCACCUCUCAUGGAGGUAGUUUGGAUCAUGUGAUCUAUUUUUUUUGCUUUUCAUUUGUUGGCACAUAGUGUUGACUUUGACUAAAUAUGUUGCUGUUGCUGAGCCAAUCACAUGGACCCACUCAGCUCGGCAUUGUUGACGCUCAUGGAGGUUUUGCUCCACAUUAGAUAAAGAAAAAUGGUACAAUAAAGUAAGGAAAUAUAAAUAUAAUAAAAAGGUAACUUAUUAUCUUAGUUCACCUUUUCAUGGUUAUAUUAACUAUGUGGCCUGUAUCGAUUAAACUGAAAAAUUAAAGCGGAACAAAGUAAUAGAAUGACUCUCCUUUAAGGCUCCACUCUCUCUGAUAAAUAUAUAUAUAUAUAAUAUAUAAUAAUUGUAUUUGCAUUUGUUUUGUAUUGUAUUCAUGUAUAUAUGAAUAGUAAAUCUAUAACUAUAAAUAAUACCACAAAAGCAUUUACAUUUCUUUUUACAGAAAGCCUGAAUAAAAAACAUAAAUCUGACGGUGCUCGAUGCUCAUUGGAUUUUCUAGCAGCGACUCUCAGCACUUUGCUUCGACGCUUGCUCUCCCGUGAUGAAUGAAAGGUGCACUGUGGCCUAAACACCCCAAGCCGGUAACCCGAGGAUGGAUCGCUGUAGCCACAAGGUGUCAGUGCGCUCCUGCUGCCCGGACCGGACGGCCCAUCGCGACUGAUCCAGGGAGGCUUGAACCUCUAUUCAUUUACUUUGUCCAGCUUAGGUCGGAGCAGUCAACAACAGGGACUAUUACCUGCUAACAUAAUGAUACUGUUUGUUGGUGUAGGGUGAUUUUGUGUGUGUGU